AUCAAAUUAAGCACUUCAAAUAAGAAUGUCUGCUAAAUUAGUUUCAACAUACCAAGCUCAAACCCCAAAUGGCAGAAGUACUCCUGAUGUUAAUCGACGUUCAGCUAAUUAUUCUCCCAGCAUUUGGGGCGAUCAUUUUCUGUCAUAUGCUUCUAUGGAAACUGCAAGCGAUGAAAACGAGCAACGGGUCCAAGAAUUGAAGGAAGAAGUGAAGAGGAUGCUUAUAAUGGCUCCAACUUCACAAGAAUUAAAUUUAAUUGAUGAAAUUCAACGCUUAGGAGUGUCCUACCAUUUUGAAAAUGAGAUUCACCAAAUGCUGCAGAAAAUUCACAACUCUUCCUAUGAUGACCAAGAAAAUAAUGAUGAUGAUGAGCUUUACACAAUAGCUCUACGUUUUCGAUUGCUUAGACAACAAGGUUUUGAGGUUUCAUGCAAGAUGUUCAGCAAGUUCAUCGACGUUGAUGGGAAAUUUAAGAGAUCACUUGUCACUGAUGUGGAAGGAAUUUUAAGCUUGUAUGAAGCCACACAUCUUAGGACACACGGAGAGGAUAUACUAGAAGCCGCCCUGGCCUUCACUACCACUCAUCUUGAGUUGGCAGUAACUGCUGCACAGGGUGGUCUAAGUCCACCACUUCUAAAACGAGUAACUCAUGCCUUAUACCAGCCACUGUGGAAGGGCUACCCAAGGCUAGAAGCAAGGCGCUACUUGUCUUUCUGCCGGGAACUAAAAAGUUCAGAUAUCAAUGAAACACUCCUGACUUUUGCGAAGUUGGAUUUCAAUCAAUUGCAGCGAGUCCAUCAAAAAGAACUAAGUUAUAUCACAAGGUGGUGGAAGGAGCUGGAUUUUGUGAACAAAUUACCUUUUGCAAGAGAUAGAGUAGUUGAAAGCUACUUUUGGGCUUUAGGAGUCUACUUUGAGCCCGAAUAUUGCUUUGGUAGGAUGACAUUGUGCAAAAUUGUCGCCUUAAUCGUGGUUCUUGAUGACGUUUAUGAUGUGCAUGGCACACAUGAAGAAUUAGAGCUUUUUACUGAAGCUGUUGAGAGGUGGGACAUCUCUGCAUUGGAUCUACUACCUGCAGAUUACAUGAAAAUCUGUUACCAGGCACUCUUGGACAUCUACGCUGAUAUUGAAAAUGAGCUUGAGAAGGAGGGGAAGUUGUAUCGCAUCCACUACGCCAGAGAAUCAAUGAAAGUUCAAGUCAGAUCUUGGUUUCAAGAAGCCAAAUGGUUCCAUGAGAAAUACACUCCAACGUUGGAUGAAUAUAUGUCAGCCGCUCUUUCCACAACCUAUUUCAUGAUGGCAACCACAUCCUUUGUUUUAAUGGCCGGAGAUAUUGUCACAAAAAAUUCCUUGGAUUGGGUGUUCACCGACCCAAAGAUGGUAAAGGCUUCAUCAACAAUAGGCAGACUCAUGGAUGACUUGCAAUCCCACAAGUUUGAGCAAAAGAGAGGACAUGUUGCCUCAGCUAUUGAAUGCUACAUGAAAGAACAUUGUGCCACAGAAGAAGAAGCAACAAUCGAACUUACUAAACAAGUGAAUAAUGCAUGGAAAGACAUGAAUGAAGGAUGGCUCAACUCCGCCGGUGCUACUAAUGUCCCUAGGCCACUAUUACUGCGCAUUAUCAACCUUGCACGUGUGAUCGAAGUUAUAUAUAAGCAUGAAGAUGGAUUCACUCAUGCUGAAACUGGGCUUAAGGAUAUUAUAACGUCUCUGCUUGUCGAACCUGUACCUAUAUAA